AUGCCUCUCUACUUGAUUUCUCACAAAGACUCCAUUUCCCCUGCACAGCGAGAUGAGCUUGCUGCUGCAAUCACGAAAACACAUUCAGAUCUGUUUACUACUCCUUCCACCUUUGUCAAUGUGAAGUUUGAAGAUGUCUCCUCUACGCCGUACUAUGUCGGCGGCAAAGCUAAAACCGUUAACGCCAUCCACGCCCACGUCCGCUCCGGCCCCUCACGCCCGCGCUCUUCUUACAACAAGCUUUGUUCAGAGCUACGGUCCGCAUGGGAAGAGAUCUUCUCCGAAAAAUCUAUUCAACUCGACUUGAUCUUCAUCUUGGGGGAUAUCGUGGCCGGCAACAAGUGGGGGUUUAACAUGCCGGAAGCAGGGAAAGACGAGGAAUGGGCAAAAGAAAACUUUGGAGAAUUUGAGAGGCGCGCGGAGAAUGGAGAUGAGGAGUUCAAGGAUUUGGUGGGAGAGUUGAGGACAAGGGGCUUGGGAGUGUAGCGGUAAGUGGGAUGAUGUG